AUGGCCACAACAAACACUACUGGUUGUUCUUCUUCUUCAACUGGGUUUAUGGCAGUGAAGUCGGCAGUUAUUGAGAAAUCUUUUUCACUCAUGAAGGAGGCGGAGAUCCACCAAGAAUUUGUUAAUUGUCCUGAAGUUGUUCAUGGGUUGGGGUUUGAAUUCAGCUAUGAAGGUGGCUUGUGGAUCUAUAAUUUACUUCAAAAGUUGGAUGAAAUUGACAUCCAAAAAUACACUAGAAUGAUUCUCAGAGGCUUUCGUUGCAUCCAAUAUGAAAAGGGUUACGUUCAUUGCGAUCUUAACCCAGAGAACAUUCUUGUUUUCUCUUCUCUAGACUGUGCAAGCAAAAGUGUCAAGAUGAUCACCGACUUUGGGCUAUCCAAGAUUCCUGGAGAUUUGAAUGAGCUCAUGACAAAAAGGUAUGACUUCCGAGGAACACUACUUUAUAUGUCCCCAGAAUCUUUCCUAGUCGGUGAAAUCAUGCAUUAA